GGAACCCCGCGUGUCUCCCCGGGUCUUUAGAGCCCAGAGACUGCGUUUUAAUAAAUACGAGUGGUGCCAACGCGCUCCACCAGCCCCGGGGUUCAGAGCAGCAGACACAUAAACCCCAGGCAGGAAGAGCCGCUUUAAUCUCUGCCAAAAGCUGACAUUUCACUAACCGGAGAUUUUGGAAUCGCAGUUCUAAAAACAUUAAAUUACCGAGGCUUUUCCUCUCUUAAGAAAAUACUUUUCCUUUUUUUUUUUUUUUUUUUUAAGUACCCUCUCCUCUUUAAAAUUAUGAAUGUGGACACUCCGUUCAAGAUCAAGACUUGGAGGGAAUUUGGAAAAGAAAAAGAAUCUGGAAGAAGAAACACGGCUGGUGCUUCGGAGGGCGCCUAGUUUUAAGAAGGUACCUAAGAGGACUGUCUUAGAUGUCUAGGUCCGCAGGUGCCUUCCUUCUGAGAAUCAUUUGGCCUUGACCAUCUGAGGCGAGAACCCAGCCCAGAGAAAGCUACUACUCUAGCCCUGCGCGUUCCUGUGCGCACCCAGGCAGCCCUCCGGCUUCUGCGGGCCUUGACGUUCACAGGGCGCCCCCCAGCCCAGAUGCCCGCGCCUCCCCAGGGCCCCAGAGGGCCGCUGCUGAGCAUGCCCGGGCGCCGGGGGGCGCUGCGUGAGCCAGCCGACUUUGGCUCCAGCCUGGGGGCGGUGCUGGCCCUGCUGUUGCUGCUGCUGCCCGCCUGCUGCCCGGUAAGGGCUCAGAACGACACGGAGCCCAUCGUGCUAGAGGGCAAGUGCCUGGUAGUGUGCGAUUCCAGCCCGUCGGGGGAUGGCGCCGUCACUUCUUCCCUGGGCAUUUCUGUGCGCUCAGGCAGUGCCAAGGUGGCCUUCUCCGCUACUCGGAGCACCAACCACGAGCCGUCAGAGAUGAGCAACCGUACCAUGACCAUCUACUUCGACCAGGUCUUAGUAAACAUUGGCAACCACUUUGACCUUGCCUCCAGUAUAUUUGUAGCACCAAGAAAGGGAAUUUAUAGCUUCAGCUUUCACGUGGUCAAAGUGUACAACAGACAAACUAUCCAGGUCAGCUUAAUGCAGAAUGGCUACCCGGUGAUCUCUGCAUUUGCUGGAGACCAGGAUGUUACCAGGGAAGCAGCCAGCAAUGGUGUUCUGCUGCUCAUGGAAAGAGAAGACAAAGUUCAUCUCAAACUGGAGAGAGGCAACCUCAUGGGAGGCUGGAAAUACUCCACAUUCUCGGGCUUCUUGGUCUUUCCUCUAUAGACUCAGAGCCACCAGGAUGGUGGGAAGGUUUUGAUCAGGACCCAGGGAUCUGCCCCCCCCCAUAACACCUUGAACUUGUCUGGAUAGGAUGGCUUGGGCCCACCUCCUUCAGAUAAUUGCUAUAGAAGAAUGACUGUCUUCUAAAGCUGCAGUAUUUUCUUUGACUAUUGACAAUUCCUCGGGAACCUGGCCUCUAAUUAGUUUUAGAAGACAAGGUCUUAAGGAGAAAUGAAAUUAUUGAUUUGAGCAAUUUGUACCUGUGAUUGUAAAGUCGAUAUCGGAUUUUAUUGUUGGAACCAUUGACUUAACUUCUCUUGUUUGUACGUUGUAUCUUGUCCUGAUGACAUAGAUGCUGCUGACCCUCAGAUGGAUUGCACGCUUCAGUCAGGGCUUAAAUCAAGAGCCCAGCAAAGAACCACCUACCAGACAGUCCUUGACCUGUGUUCUGUGUGUGUGUAGCCUUAAGAAAAGAAUGGCUUCAUUUUCAUUCUGUAGCUUUUCCCUAGGGUCUUGGGGGUAUUGGGAGGGAGCUGGGUAUUGGGAACCUGUCGAAAAGUGCUUUAUCCCGAGAAGCAAAUUUUGCACGAUUGGACUGCAGUUUUUGUUUUGUACCGUCUGUGGUUUUCUUUUUUCCUCUGGAAGCUUUCCUUUCCUUCCUCAGGUUUCGCCCCUCAAACCUACUUAGUUUUCAUGCAGAGAGAAAAAAAACAAAACAAGACAACAAAACUUAUGCCCAGUCCUUGUAUGAGACCAAACAAAACAGAACAAAAUCUGCACACUUUGUUUUGGAUAAAGGAAACCAGGAAAAAAAAGUCUAUAUUUCAAAGUAAGGACAGCGAACAGACCAUCCUGCAUAACCUCCCCUGGAGUCUCUCUCAAUGCAUCUUCAAACUUGCAACGUGGAUUUUACUUUAUUUUUUAAUUUGUACUCUGGGAUCCCUUAGUAACCUGGCAUUGCUCAUUGCUCAUGAAUCCCUUAACAAUGGCGGAGCUGACGCAGCCUAAUCCUCUCUUUGCUUUUCCUCUGGAUAUGUCUCAGUAGUGAGUUAGAUCUGCCUCUGAGUGGCCACACAAUUUCAAGAUGCUUCAAAGAAACAGGACCAGUGCCUCUUCCUGGAGAUCUUCCUUUGAUCUGUCAAGGAGAGGGUUGUGUUGACUGAUACUCUGUGGAUGAACAUCUGGCCAGAAGCCACCUGGACUGGAAAUCUCAGCAGUUAAAGGUACUGGCUGCUGUACCCCAUGGGUGGUUUAUUCAAACCCUGCUUCUUUUGGCAUCUUGUGCAACAACACUAUUAAGUAGCAACUGAGAGACCUGGUGCAGUAUUUGUGUGCCAAGGAAACGUCACUAAUCCCAAAGCAAUCAAAGAUGUGACCUCAAACUGGAUGUUAAUUUGUCCUUUGUGUAACAAUGUAACCAAAAUAUUGAUGAUAAAACUCAUAAUUUAAGAUUCAGAAUAAAUGGAUUUGAUGUCUGUCUUGUUCUGGUCCUUCCUCAUCGUCUCUCAAAAUGAUGGGGAAGUAUAGGUCAAGUACUAAGGAACUGGAGAUAUUAAAUUUACAUUGUGAUUCUUUAUAAAAGACACACACACAAAUACUGAUGCAGCUAUAGGUCUCUGGGGGUGAAUUGUUCAGUUAGAUAUAUUCAGCUCAUACUUACGUAUUUUUCAAAGAGGAAAGGUUGGAGGAGAGAGAAAUGGACAGAACUAAGGUUUAAGAGGUGGGCCGUAAGCUUUUAUCAUACACUGUCUUAAACAUCUCACAAGCAUUAUCCCCACAGGUCAGACAGUCACAAGAAUUAGCAAAGACUCAAACCUUUGAGAAGGCUCAUGUGUUUCCAACUUGUGUAUGGGGAUGAACUUCAUGGACAUAAGGCAAGUGUAGGAGACCUGUAUCAUUCCAGGUGGAUUAAAGGCCUCAGCUUUUCUGUCCUUAAAUUAACAAGAAAGUAGGAUGGAAUUAAAUGGAUGUUUUCUUGUGAGGAGAGAAAAUCAACCAAAAAGCAUUUGGGGGUACUCUACCUCCUACUUGGAGCAUAUUUCUCAGUGAACUGUUCAUUAAUGCUGGGAACAUAAACAGGAGGCAGAUGGAGUGUGUCCCUUGUGUUUUGUUAUUCUUAGAUAUUUUAAUUCUCUUUCCCUCAUUUCCUUAACUUCACACUCAAUUUACAAUAUGUAAGAAACCUCAUUUCAAGACAAGGCUACACUGGAGAGAUCAGGAGAUUUAAGAGCCAUUGUUAUUAAUAUUUUCACCCUUUAAUAAUAUAUAAUACACAUAUUUCAUUGUAUUUAUAUCUUUAUUGUGUACAGGUUGGCACUGGGUAACACUGUCUCAUAAAUAACUUAUUAAAUUGACCAAUCUUAAUGUAUUUUGGGAGUUUAUUCUCUAUUAGAAAACCAGCUUCCUCCUGCUGGUCGUUCUCUUAGCUUUCUUUCUCUGUCAAUGUGAAUGCCAGAAAGUACAUCAGUACACAGCCAUCCUGGUGAUGUUCUGAGGUUGCUUGACAUCUUUUGCCUCAUCUGCCUGGUUCAUACCCUAUAGAAAUUAUGUAGAUUUGUUGCUUGCUUGAGAAAUAAAACUAAGCUAAAGCAAAUUAUAUUGAAUAUCAGAAGAGUUACAAAAUACAUCAAGUAAAACAAGAUCUUUGCUGAAAAUUUCUUUUGCUUGUGAUAGCCUUGAGAAAUAUGACACUCCCAGAUAGCCCAUAGGAAACAUGUAUAUCAGAUAAAAAAAAAAAAAAAAGAUGUGCUUUUUGUUUCUUUGUUUGUUCUUGUAUUAAGAAGAAUGACCUAAUAUUUCUAAACUGAGCUCAACAUACCUGACUGCUAGCCUCAGUGUUUGUAUCUGUAGUCAAUUGAUAUCAGACUCCAAAUAGUCAGUCUAUCCCAUGAGGCUGUUGAAAGGACCUCUCGGAAGUGUUUGUGGAAUGAAUAGGAGUUCAGGGUAAUAGGCAGAAUUUUUACAAUUGAGAGGGUGCUUUUAAAAAAACAGAUAUUUAAAUGUGCAGUUGUAAAGAUAACUUAAAAUAAAUAUCUAACAGAAAAGUGAUUGUGUAUGAAAAUGUAUUUCAAAACUCUCAAAAGACGAUUUAAGCUAUAUAAUACUAUGCUAACAUUCCCUAAAUAUAAUUUUGAGGGAUACAAUAAUACAAAAAUCCAUAUAUUUUAAUUUAAUUGCAUUUUCAUGUAUGGUAUUUGUCUGUCCUUUACAGUUCAUGCUCUCCCUCUUCUUCCAGUGUAUACUGCCAAAUCUUAUGAAAAUAUAUACUGAUGAUAGUCUUUACAUAAGCGACAUAGAAAAACAUUAUCA